UGAGCAGCUAUAGUGCACAGGACUGAACGACCCACCGGAACGGAACUUCCUGCUGUAAUCUCGCAUUGGACGGAUUAUUGCGGUUUGGAAUGAUAUGGAGGAUUUCAGAACAUAAUAUUUUUAUGAGAAAUGCUACAGGAGAAGGCCUUAGUGGUGGCUGAUGAAGGCAUGACCGUGGCCCAGUCCAGUGCGUGUCCUGAGCUUACCAGUGAUUCCUCACAUUUGGGCCUGCCUACAACUCCCAGCAUUCCCCAGAACAAUGAGCCUGACCAGAACAUUGAAAACAUCAAAGUGAUUCUUCAUGACAGGGAAUUAUGGAAAAAGUUCCACAAGGCCGGAACUGAGAUGAUCAUCACCAAAGCAGGCAGACGGAUGUUCCCCAGCUACAAAGUCAAAGUCACAGGGAUGAACCCCAAGACCAAAUACAUCCUUUUAACUGACAUUGUUCCAGCUGAUGACCAUCGUUACAAGUUCUGUGACAACAAGUGGAUGGUGGCAGGAAAAGCAGAGCCCGCCAUGCCUGGAAGACUCUACGUCCACCCAGAUUCUCCCGCAACAGGGGCCCACUGGAUGAGACAGCUGGUCUCCUUUCAAAAGCUAAAGCUCACAAACAACCACCUUGAUCCAUUUGGGCAUAUCAUCUUGAACUCUAUGCACAAAUAUCAGCCCAGAUUACACAUAGUGAAAGCUGAUGAAAACAAUGCCUUUGGCUCUAAGAACACUGCCUACUGCACACAUGUCUUCCAUGAGACAGCUUUCAUCUCGGUUACAUCCUAUCAGAACCAUGAGAUCACCCAGUUAAAAAUUGAGAACAAUCCUUUUGCCAAAGGUUUCCGUGGCAGCGACGAGGGUGAUUUGCGUGUGUCCAGACUUCAAGGGAAAGACUACCCUGUGAUUUCUAAGAACAUGGUUCGACAGCGGCUUAUCUCAUCACACGGCCAUCUGUCAGGAAAACUGGGUGCAGGUGUUCUGAGUAGCCACCCACAGGUUGUUUCUCACUAUCAAUAUGACAGUGGCGUCCCCCUGCCAAACUCUGAUUCACAAGAAGCUCUUUCGAACUCCUUCCCUUCUAGUCGGGAAUCCAGCCUUAUUUACCAUUGCUUCAAGCACAGAGAUAACACAAAGCACUUGGAGCUAGGAUGCAAACGUCCCUAUCUGGCCACAACAGCCUCUGCAGUUUCAGAGGAGCAUUAUUUCCGCUCUCCUCCAUCCUAUGAACCACCCCUGCUGUCCCAUCCAUACUGCAGUGAAGCUUUGGGUUCUAGAGAGGCAUGCAUGUAUGGAGGAACUGAGGGAGAGGCAGGGGGCACAGUGUGUACAGAUGACCUACAAGCACCCUCACUGAACUGCAAUAUGUGGGCAUCAGUGCAACCAUACCCACGUUAUGGCAUGCAGACUAUGGAGGCAAUGCCAUACCAACCCUUCACGGCCCACUUCAAUAGCACAGCCACUGCUGCCUCUGUGGUUCCUCACCACUCUCCAUCCAUGCAGCGUUCACAUCCGGCACCACAUCCUGACCUAGUCACUUUCACCACACAGUGUGCACUUCCACACACACCAUCUUCAUCAUCAUCCUCCUCCUCUGGCUUUACCUGCCGUGACAGAGCUGCACAUUUCUCCCCGUAUAAUAGGAAAGCUGGGUCACCAUUGCAUUCACAAAGGGAUUUCAUUGCCUAUCCAGCCCAUAGCCCUACUUCAACCCGAGAACCAACCUAUCAGUACCAAACAGGCCUGAGCAGUGUUGGGUCCCAUUGGACUGACAGCUGAGUAACCCAUAUCAUCAUUUAACCCACAGCCUUCAACAAUGACAUUCCUCUUCUUCUCUGAACAAGUGCAAUGAGAUUGUUUAGCCAUACAGCCAAGAUGCUACAUUGUAAAGCAAGAGCCAUAAAUCUAUUUAGCCUCGUAGUAUAGGAUGGCCAAAAUAUGUGGCACUGUGUAUUUAUCUGAAUUUGAGAUGUUGCAGUUGAAUGUUCAGGUGAUGAUGUCGAGCACUAAUAGCACCUAAUGAACUAUGCUGACAUCAAGAUCCGUGAAACGUUUCAGUGCCAGAUUUAUGUACUAAGCACAAAGUGUGUGCCAGUUGUACUGAUGCUAUGGCAGGGGGAUUUAGGCCACGUCCACACCAAUUCCUUUAAUUUUGAAAAUGCAUUGAUAUUGCUAUGUUUACACCGCUCAUCCACAAUGAAACAACAUUUUUCUCCUUUCAAAAUACCCUCUCCAUAACUGCAUCCUUUAAAAAACGAUGACAUAAGGAGUUUUCAAACUAAAUCGGAUUAGUGUGAAUGUGGCCUUAGUGUAUU